AUUUAUUCACUUUGAGAGCCAUGGCUCGCAUUUAUGUGACUGUGGGCCUUUAUUUUGAAAUGUGUGGAAGUGUUGGUGCCGUGUGUUGAGCUUCACCCCUUCAUUCUCCUCAGAGACUCCGACAUCAUGGCGGACGCCGAUGACUGGGAUGCUGGUAGUUUCGACCCCGAGGAGCCCAUCAAAAAGGCGGCAGUUCAUGACAAAUGGGAGGGCGAGGAUGAAGACGACGACGUCAAAGAUAAUUGGGAUGAUGAUGAAGAGGAAGAAAAGGAGGAGGAAAAGAAAUCAGAGGCCAAACCUACAGAAAAGAAGAAACUCAGCGAGAAAAUAAAAGAAAAGGAAAAUUUACAAAGAAAAAAACAAGAGGAGCUCCUUAAACAAUUAGAGGAGUCAGAAGACAGCACAGAACUCACACCAGAAGAAGAGCUGGCAGAAAAACUUCGAGUAAAAAAACUACAGGAGGAUUCAGACCUGGAACUAGCAAAAGAAGCAUUCGGUGUAGUAUCAAAUAAUGUUACAGGAAUUGAUGCGAUGAGUCCCUCUACAAAAGAAGACUUCACAGAGUUUGAGCGGUUGCUAAAAGAAAAGAUUUCUUCUUAUGAGAAGUCAAUACACUAUUCCAGCUUUUUAGAGACACUGUUUAGGGACCUGUGUCUUUCGUUGGAAGUUGAGGACUUUAAGAAAAUUAGCAACUCACUAACAGUGUUACUGAGUGAAAAGCAGAGGCAAGAAAAGGCAAACAAAGGUAAAAAGAAAAAGAAGGGAGUUUUACCAGGAGGAGGUUUGAAAGCCACAAAGAGAGAUGAUCUGGCAGACUACGGGGAGUUCGACGGCGGUUAUGCACAAGACUACGAGGAUUUCAUGUGACCAAGGCUUAACCCAUUGCUAUUGUUUGCUGAUUGCUGAAGCACACACUUUAACAGCAUGACCUUACCCCCCAGUCAGAACCACACUAGACAACUCUGAACUCCAUCCCACACACUCUCUCCUCAAGAGGUUCAUGCAGAGAAUCAGUUCACUGCGCUAUUUUUCUCCGGUCUGUGAACUUCGGUCAAUGCUUGUCGGUAUAAUAAACCCAAUUAAAAACGGGGUCCUUCUCACGAAUGUGAAUCUGCAGUUUCGAUUAAUCGUCACGGUCCAGGCAACAAAGAGUGUUACUGUUCGGUGACUGAUAUUUCUUGGAAAUAAAUGACAUUCUAUGCAAAUUUCAGUCCGGAUUGAUCUGUCGUUGGAUCGGCUUUGGCUGGUAUACUUUUGCCUCCAGACCGAUUAACUCGACCUGUACGGCCUGAAGUGGUGAUAUGGUUGAUAAAUCAUGUUUUCAAUCAGACGUAAAAAAAAAAAUUUGUUCGUAGAUGAUAGCGAGCUCAUUUAUUUAGAUAAGUAAAUCUAAAGUAGCGUAUUAAAUAUAAGCAUAAUUCUUUGAAAAUAACUCCUUUAUGUUUGUAGCUCGUAAUGCAUUGUAUGACCAAAAGUAUCACUCUAAAUGAACCAUUUUGAAGACACAUUGCAGCGUUAUUAGGAUUACCUCAAUUUUUGCAGAGCUAAAUAUGCGAAUAUUUACAAACAUAACUCAUGUUUUCAAUGCAGCACAUUAUGCCGUUACUCAUUUGACCUCAGUCAUGCCAGUAAUGAAUGAGUGUGUUCUCACGUGAUCUGCUGAUGUAUAAGGGACUGAUUGUUGAUGUAGGGUUGUUUCAAGUGUCGUUUGGCUUUCCAUUUUCUCGACAACUUGCAGUGAUAGACAAAGAGACUUGCGAUCAGCGAAGCCGAUGAUAGGACGCACUGUUUUAUAAAGAUCUAAUUUAAUAAAAGUUGAUUAAAAUCA